AUGAGGGGUUUUGAACUCCUGCGGGAAAACAAAAGGAUGCUUGAUAAAUCUAUCCGAGAAAUAGAAAGGGAGAGGCAAGGGUUACAAGCACAGGAGAAGAAACUAAUCGCAGAGAUAAAGAAAAGCGCAAAGCAAGGGCAGAUGGGAGCUGUUAAGGUGAUGGCCAAAGACUUAAUUAGAACACGACAUCAGGUCGAAAAAUUUUACAAGCUAAAAUCCCAACUCCAGGGUGUAGCUCUUAGAAUUCAGACUCUGAAAUCGACACAAGCAAUGGGCGAGGCAAUGAAAGGUGUGACAAAGGCGAUGGGCCAGAUGAACAGACAGAUGAACUUGCCAUCGUUGCAGAAAAUAAUGCAAGAAUUUGAGAGGCAAAAUGAGAAGAUGGAAAUGGUAACUGAGGUGAUGGGAGAUGCCAUUGACGAUGCUUUGGAAGGAGACGAAGAAGAAGAAGAGACAGAAGAGCUGGUGAGCCAGGUCCUUGAUGAGAUUGGAAUUGAUAUCAAUUCAGAGCUUUUGAAUGCACCCUCCUCCGCUGUAGCUGCCCCAGCUGUGAAAGGUAAGGUUGCGCAAGCUGAAGCAACAGCAAAUGAUGACAGUGGGAUAGAUAGUGAUUUGCAGGCCAGUGUACACCACAAGCAUGAAGACCACGCUAGUGAUAUGGAGUCUGGCGUGAUGCUUGUGUCAAGCCUGAGGAAGGCUGAGGCAUUCGACAGCGCAAGGAUUUUUCUGGGUGCCCGAGACGUGUGUUGCACAAGGAUUGCUUUAAGGCCGUGA